CAACAGUAAGUGCUGAGCUGCAAGCUCAACGCUCAGAUGCAGAUACGGCGGGCAGUAAUACGGUUGCGGACUGGCUCAUGUCCAAUGCUGCGAGUCUGGUGCAGGGUCUGACGUCCUAUGGAGGCCAUCAAGCAUUCAGCAAAGAUGCCUGGUCGACGGCUUGUAAUAUGCUAGCGACGAAGAAGGCGAUGUAGCACAGUUGUGAGCCACGGCUGCAUCUCGAUGAGGGUGAGUGUUAUGGAUCGCGAUCAUUCGCUCUCAAGAGAUUUGACAGCACAAUUGCCACUCAUGCCUUACUUAGCACAGGAAGCCUGCAGACGUCAUUCACAGACCACAAUCGUGCCAUCGCACGCUCAGAACCGACCCUCACAACCCGCAUGUAGACUGGGAGGAUGAGUAACAACGCCGCGAGCAGUAAGAAACAUCAGCUACGCAGGCGAAGUCACCGUCUGUGGUUCAGCAACCAAUGUUCAAGCGUCCCGUGCAGAAACCCCAACGGCGCACAAGGCACGUCAACUAUAGGGCUGUCGCAAUCGACGAGCGUCUCGUUUCCGACGCAGAAAUCUCAGGCCGACGGAACAAGAGGCCAUUAAGCGGUCGUGGAGCCAAGUCGGGUAGCUCAACCAGGAGAAACAGAGGGCUCACAGGGAGGCGGCAAGGAUGCACGAGAGAACCAUGGCGUUAUGCGAAGAAGCUGACAGGAUGUGAAACCCGCGCUGACUGGCAAUUCUCGGACCCUGGUAGACUGGUACCAGAUAUGGGCAAGUGUUGUACAAAGCUCCUGAGGUGGCCGAAGCGCACGCAAAGGCGAGAACGGAGCGAUGCCUGCAACUGGAAGUGAGAAACAGCGACGUCGUAAAUAAGUCUGGUUGAGGGAAACGGACUGAGGCAGGGCGAAGAACUUGACUCACGCUUUCUGAAGGAGGCGUGAGAGCGCCCAGCCGAGGUUGCUCAACCUCGCCGUACCAACACUGGU